UUCUUAUCUUCACAUUUGUUUCACAAAUUCCAUUACCCCCUCCAAGAAAACUACUUCUCCUCUCCUCUCCUCUCUUCUCCUCUCUUCUCCUCCCACUGAAGAUUAUACCUUUCAGCAGCUUUUCUCUGCAAAUUUUUGUUUAUAAAGCAACAUUAAUGGAGUUCUUAAACAUUGACAAAUUGCAGGGUCAGAGGGAGGAGAAGUUAGGGAAUUCAGAGGAAGAAUUAACUCUUGAUGGAACUGUGGAUAAGCAUGGUCGUCCUGCUGUGCGUGCCACUACUGGAAGAUGGUUUGCUGGUGUCCUAUUACUUGUGAAUCAAGGUUUAGCUACACUAGCAUUCUUUGGAGUUGGAGUGAAUCUAGUCCUAUUUCUUACUAGAGUUAUGGGGCAAGAUAAUGCUGAAGCAGCCAACAAUGUGAGCAAAUGGACAGGGACUGUUUACAUCUUCUCCCUUUUGGGAGCUUUCUUAAGUGAUUCCUACUGGGGUAGAUACAAGACUUGUGCCAUCUUCCAAGCCAUUUUCGUUGCUGGACUAGUAUCAUUAUCAUUAACUUCAUACAUUUUCUUGAUCAAGCCUAAUGGUUGUGGAGAUGAAAAAAUGCCUUGUCGAUCCCAUUCAACUGUCCAUAUUGUGCUCUUCUAUAUGUCCAUUUACUUAAUUGCUCUUGGCAAUGGAGGGUAUCAACCUACCAUUGCAACAUUUGGAGCAGAUCAAUUUGAUGAAGAUCAUCCUCAAGAAAGUCAUUCAAAAGUGUCUUUCUUUAGCUAUUUCUACUUAGCAUUGAAUCUUGGAUCUUUGUUUUCAAACACUAUCUUAGUUUAUGUUGAGGAUAAGGGAAUGUGGACACUUGGUUUUUGGGCAUCGGCUUGCUCAGCUAUUUUGGCACUAGUUCUUUUUCUUAUUGGGACGCCUAGGUACAGACACCGAAAACCUACAGGAAAUCCCAUUUCAAGAUUUUGUCAAGUGCUUGUAGCUGCAAUUAGAAAAUGGAAGAUAGAGCAACCUUCAAAUGGAUAUGAGCUAUAUGAAGGUGAUGGAAGAGACCUUGCUGAUAAUGGCAGUCGAAACAUACUGCAUACAAAAGAAUUUAAAUUUUUGAACAAAGCUGCUAUAAUCACAUCAAAGGAGAGAUUUGAUAAUCCGUGGCGCCUUUGUCCAGUGACUCAAGUGGAAGAAGUGAAAUGCAUUCUAAGACUAUUUCCAAUUUGGCUUUGUACAAUACUCUACUCUGUUGUGUUUACUCAAAUGGCCUCUUUAUUCGUGGAACAAGGCGAUGCCAUGAAAACAACAGUGUCGCGAUUUCACAUCCCUCCUGCAAGCAUGUCAAGCUUCGAUAUCCUUAGUGUUGCAGCAUUCAUUUUCAUCUACAGGCGAGUUCUUGACCCCUUCGUUGCCAGUCUAAAGAAGUCUUCUCAAAGAGGACUAACCGAGCUCCAACGAAUGGGAGUUGGUCUUAUUAUUGCUAUAAUGGCAAUGGUAGCAGCUGGAAUAGUGGAGCAUUUCAGGUUAAAAUAUGCCAGCAUAGAUUGUUCUCAUUGCACCAAUUCAAGUUCUUUAAGCAUUUUGUGGCAAGUCCCACAAUAUGUACUAAUUGGAGCAUCAGAGGUUUUCAUGUAUGUUGGACAAUUGGAGUUUUUCAAUGGACAAGCACCAGAUGGAUUGAAAAGCUUUGGAAGUGCACUUUGCAUGACUUCAAUUUCACUAGGGAACUAUGUCAGUAGCUUGCUGGUUUCCAUAGUGAUGAGAAUUUCGACUACGGAUAAUAUGCCUGGUUGGAUACCUGGAAACCUCAACAAGGGUCAUUUGGAUAGAUUCUACUUCCUCUUAGCAGCAUUGACAGCAGCUGAUUUUCUAGUAUACCUCCUUUGUGCUAAGUGGUACAAGUACAUUGAGUUUGAGGAAAGAAGUAUUAGAAAGCAAGUUGAAGAAAAGCAAGGUGAUUUGAGAUUCUAGGCUUGCAAAUUCUUGAAAAUUGAUAAAAUACAAAAUUCUCAUCUCCCAUCACCCAAUGUUAGCAGGCUGGUUGGCUUUUCAAAUGGAGGAUUCAUUGGUGCUAGCUACUUAUGGUUGGUUGAGGAAAGUCAUAUGAAUAAGAGUGUAAAAACCUGUUUACAUUGUUAGUGCAUACUCUUUUAGUUAAGCGUAACUAGACUUAAAAGAUGGGUAGCAAUCUACAUCACCCAUUAUAGAUUGUGAGUUAUGUUCAUUUAAAGUUAGGUCUUAUGCGUUGGACACAUUUUACUCCUGAAUAGUAUACACAUUUUACUCAGCUUCGAUCA